CAGCAGCUCAGACGCGGCCGCAUCCCCGUGGACUGUAGAGGCGGCAGCGAGCCCGAGCCAGCAUCGCUGCUCUCGGCCACAGCGAGGCUGGGCGAGCCCGAGCGCGAGGACACCUGGCCCAGGCGCGGCGGGAAGCUCUGCGCGCCGCUGGGAUCACAGUAUACUGAAAGGUACUCAAUCAAGAGAAAUCUGGGGGAAGCUGGGAACCAUCAAGUUAUUGAGGCCACACAGGGAGCAGAAGGACAGACGUAGGAAAGAAAGUUUAUCAGAGUUUCUUCCUAAACCUUUUAGAGAUAACAGCAUAUUUGAAUCAGAGACUUAUGUUGCUAUGAGGACAGAUUCGUCCGAGAUGACUGAUGUGGAGUCUGUGGUCAACAAUUUUGCCUCUUCGGCCAGGACUGGCCGCCGGAAUGCCGUGCCGGACAUCCAGGGCUCGGCCGGGAUGGGCGGGUCCGCAGAGCUGCCCCUCAAACUGGAGGCCCUGUCCAUGAAGGAAGAUGUGCAAAAGAAAAAUGAAGAAACAACACAAAGGCAAUUGGAAACGCCGAAGAAAGAAGAAAAAUGAAGGCUCAAAAACUAUCAAAAGUACUGAAUUUCUGUACAUUGAAAGACUUAGUGGCUCUGCAUUCCUGAGAUAUUUGAUCUGGUAGUAACUAUGGUAACAUUGUAGCCCUAAGCAACAUGUAUGUAUUAGAAAAUUUUGUUGUGAUGCAACUCACUUGGAAUGCAACCAUGAUGUCCAGUGUAGGUUAUUAAAAAGCAUAUUACUUCCAAAUUGCACCCAAGGAAAAGGCUAAGAAUGUAUGGUCACUUAAAUCCGUAUCAUUAUCUAUAAACACAAAAUCCACUGCUCUCUUUUGGAUUUACUUAACCAGAUGUAUUUUUAAUUCCAUUUUUAUGGUAAUGGAUGACUUGUUUCUUAGUAAAUAUAAAGCAAACACCAUUCAUUUAAAAAUUAUUGGAAUUUCUAGGACAUUAUGGUUUUUUGGUAGGAAGGAAUAAUGGUCGAAAACAUAUAGAGAGUGUUUUUCUAACCAGAAAUAUACCAUUUUUCCCCAAAUCCUACAAGGAUUUGGAAAAAUUACAGAAGUUGGACAACCUAAAUAUCUCUAGGAUGUUUUUGUUUGAUGCAUUUUGUUUCUAGUCUAUGCAUACUGUGAUUUCUUUCAUGUGGACUCUUAGAACACAAAAUUUGUGACAGAUUGUUUAUAUGGAACAUAACUAUUAAAUGAAUUUCACUAUCUUCCUUAACUUGGCUGUAUGUGUAUGCAUAUGUCUUUCUUUAAUAUUAAUUAUACAAUACAAAACACUUUACUAA